CUUUUCUCAGUAAAAUAAAAAAAAAAAAAAAAAGAAGUAACCAAUGUCCAAAAGGAACUUCAAAAGAUCAAAUAUACGAAAACAGCAAUCUGAAAAAGAUAAACUCAAGUUUAUUCAAGAUCAAUCAUCUCAAUAUGGUAAAUUAGCAGCCUUUCAACAUUUCCUAGGUGCUUUACAACAUCAAGAUAUCCAAUACCAUCAAUAUAUUAAGAUUCCUGUGGAUUUGAUAGAUCUAACAGCAGCAUUUAUAGCAAGUCUUAUUAGUGGAAACGAUUAUUUAUUAGCUCUUCCUUCACCUGAUAUGAUGACUGUUACCCUAGAUACCUAUCAAGCCAAUAUCAAAUUUAUCAACAAAACUCUUACAAGAGCUCAAGUUACCUAUUCAUCUCUCAUUGUCUGUCUUUGGUAUAUUGACCAAUUCUUUUGUCGAAGGCGUAUAACUCAUGCCAAACGAAAACAAUCUACUCGUACUUGGCAAGUUCGUGACCUUUUUAUGGCAAGUAUUAUUGUAGCUGAUAAAUAUAUGGCGGAUCUUACGUGGUACAAUGCAGACUGGGCAGAUUCAACUCAAUAUGCUUAUUCUUGUCAUGAUCUUAAUCAAUUGGAAAGAAGGUUUCUAGAAGAAAUGGAUUAUUCACUGUUUGUUUCAGAUCAAGAUUAUUAUAACUUUUGUAACUAUUUGGAAUUCAGGGUACAUUUACGACAAAUCAAUAUUGGAAGUCGAAUCAUGUCAUUAUCAUAUCACAACAUCAAUGUCCUUAGUCAACAGUUGAAUCCUAUUUAUGUUAAACGUCUUGGACUCUCUUUACGACCAUUUGAAGCUAUGAUUCUUUUAGCAAAGACAGUUACUUCAAUUUGUAUUAUGUACGCUGCUACUAUUGCUGCUACUAUUUCUACUGCUUAUAUAUGUUAUCAAUAUUCUAAUUGGUUGGUUACUGUAUUAUUGGAAAAAAGUAUUCAAGAACAUAUGGUACUCAUGCUUGUUGAUAUAUUGGAUUUACCUGAUGGUUUACGAUCCUUACUUUAUGAUAGCGGGGGUUCAGCAGUUUAGUUUUUUUUUUUUUUUUUUUCUUUCAC